AUGUCAGCAUCAACGGAGCCAAUUAUUGUUACUCCAACUGAUCAAGUGAGUGUAACCGUUGUUCGAAAAUCUGAUGGACAAUCAAUAACUUUCGUAAUGGAUGAAAAAACUCAUGUACAUGAUUUAAAAAAAGAAUUAAAAUUACGAUUAAAACCUAAAUUUGAACAAGGAUGUCGUCUUAUUUUUCGUGGCAAAGUACUCAAAGGCAAACAUUCACUUAAACAUUAUGGCAUAAAAAAAGGUGUUAAUGAUCAAGCUAUUUCCAUGGAUGAUUCAAAAGAUUGGAAAUCAUCAUCAUCAUCAUCUGAUUCCGAACAGGAAAAAUAA